AGUCGGAGACUGAGAAUCAUCUGAGAUCGGAACGAUAAACCUAAUUUUCCCGAAGAAUCGUCACCAUUAUGUGGAGGAGAAUCGUUUCAACGCAUCUUAAAUCCAUCUCCGCCGUUAGGUCAUGCGCGGCUCCGUCGUGUAGACACGCCGUUGCGGAGUCCACUCACUUUUCUCUCUCGACUCGUGCAUCCUCUAUUCCCGCCCAUUCCUCGAUUUUCUCUCGUCAAAUCGGUUCCGCUGCAGCAGAUACUGCUGUGAAGAAGCGUGUUGAAGAUGUGAUGCCUAUUGCAACUGGUCACGAGAAAGAGGAACUAGAAGCCGAAUUGGAGGGAAGGAAGCUGGACGAUAUAGACUUUCCCGAGGGGCCUUUUGGAACAAAGGAAGCUCCUGCUGUAGUCAAAUCCUACUACGACAUGAGAAUAGUUGGUUGCCCUGGAGGUGAAGGAGAGGAUGAGCAUGAUGUUGUCUGGUUUUGGCUGGAGAAAGGCAAGCAUUUUGAAUGCCCUGUGUGUACACAGUACUUUAAGCUUGAAGUGGUCGGCCCUGGAGGACCUCCUGACGGGCAUGGAGAUGACCAUCACUGAUCCAAGGAAACAAUCUAUUGUAAUAAAAAAGAGUAUGGCUU